AAAACAAUAUGGCAGCCGCCAUGCAGGGGCGCAUGGCAUCCUGUCGCUUGUCAUUGACAUACAGUAAAUUACUACACGGAGUGUUUAGAAGAGGGUAUGCUCAGGAUGAACUUCAGUUUCCACAUGAUAUUAACAUUGAAGAGGAAGUCCUGGAAAAAAUGGAAAUGGACAAUAUUAAAAGAAGAAACCAUCCAGGACGUUUGGCACAAAAUAAGCUACUUCCUUUACCUACUAAGUUAGUGAAUGCUGUAGAUAUUGUAACACAAAAGUAUGGAAAGAGAUCUACAGCAGAGGAAGCUAAGAAGUUUGACGCUAGCAUCAUGGGUCGUCAUCCCCCACCAGAACCAGAGGUGUUGCGAGAUAAAGUGGCUGUGAUCAAUCAGAAAUUGGAAAAGAAAAAUAAAAAAGACCCAUCCACUAUGAGUGAGGAGGAACGGAAAGUUUUCCUUUUGAACAGGAAAAGUAAAAUACAGCAGAUUCUCCGACACACUACACACUUACAGAAGUCUGUCGACUACACAGGUUAUACCACUAUUGUGUAUCUCGUUGCUCGCUUGGCCAAGAACUAUAGUAUCAUCCGGACAUGUCUAAAUGAGAUUGAGAAACGUAAUCCAGACUUCCAGCCUAGUGCGAUGUAUAAUGUAGGGAGCGGACUGGGAACAGCAGUGUGGGCCGGUAACACUGUUUGGGGGUCAGCUAUAACACAGUUCUAUUGUCAGGAUCCAGCUACAGACAUGUCAACUCUGGCCAGGCUAUUACUACAGGAGGGAGAGGAGCAAAAAAAGAUGGUAAUACCUGGAGUUUAUUUCAGAGACAAGCCUCCCUCACACAGCUCUCUGCCUUUUCCAUUAGUUGUGAGUGCUUUCACCUUACUGGAGCAGCCCAGCCUGUUGGACCGCCUAGAGCUAGUUAACCACCUGUGGAAUAUGACCUCGGAAUACCUGGUGUUGAUAGAGAACGGGUCAUAUGCAGGUCACACUGUGAUACAGGAAGCAAAAGAGUGGAUUCUAGAGUCAUCAUCAGGCACCACAGCUGAUGAGGAAGCCCAUGUAUUUGCUCCAUGUCCUCAUGAUAUGAAAUGUCCUAAGUUUGCCUUCAAAGACAUGAAAAUUGCUUGUACAUUUAGUGCCAGUUAUGAGCCGCUGAAGCAAUCUAAGAUGGAUUCCAACAAGAAGACAACUUCUUACUCGUAUGUAAUUUUGAAACGGGGAAAAGUGGAUAAUCCAGAUGCAAAGUGGCCACGAAUCGUCCAGGCUAUGAAUCAUAAAGAUCAUCACACACACUGUCGCAUGUGUUGCCAUGACGCUAGUCUUCGACACUACAUCGUUACAAAGAAAAAAACAAUGAGACCAGUGUAUGAGAUCCUACGACGUUCUUACUGGGGAGACAAAGUGCCAGUCGACCUAACAAAUGCCAGCACAGAGGGAGCACUGUAUAAUUCUGAGGAAGGAGUUAAUUACAGAAAAAAAACAAAGACGAAAAACAAAUCCAAACGCAAACAGAUGCAAACGGAAUCCUUAUUAACUGGCUUGAUGCUAGACAGUUCUGGUGAUCUGGACAAUAUAAUGGACAAGUGGAAAGAUCAUAUGAAAUCAGCCAAUCCAGACGAAAGUCUGUCAGAACCUGGUAACCAAACAGAUGACAGUUCAAAUACAGACUACUUGUACAAUUCUGUAGACUCAAGAAGAGAAGAUUCAGUUGACAAGGACGAUUUAAAAGACUCCACAGGAGACUACCGUACUUAACACAGAUAGUCCGUAAUUAUGAUGAAAUAAAUGUCAUAGACACAGUACAA